UGAGAGAGAGAUGUCACAGUCAAGCAUGGAUAAAGAUACAAAACUUGCAAAAUCCUAAGAAGGGUGGAGGAAGAGGAACAGAGAUGGCCACUCACUAAGGAUGGCAAAUUAUAUCCCGUAUCACAGAUGGUUUGGUGGAUAUGAACCCUCCGCCACCCACUAAUGCUAUAACUAUUUCCCCUCCUCCUUAUUCUUCCUUCUCUCACAUCCCCAGAAUCGCACAUCCAACCAGCAAGAAACAGGUGCUUUUCCUGGGUUGUCAUCGUACUCUCAUUGCUACUUUUUGAUUGUUCUCUCAAACUCCUUUGAAAUUUCUGAGACCCAUUUGUAGAAUCUGCACGGCUCUAAGGCCAAUAGUAUCAUAAGACGCGGAAUCUGCAUUGGUUUAUGCAAAAUGAGGGGCCCAUUAUGGCAGCUUGGGCAAUCAUUAACCCGUUGCCUCUCUCAGGCAGCUGGGAGGAGAGAGAAAGUCUUAGGUGACUGCGUAUUUCAUAGGCUUUAUGCAACAGAGACAGGUGAGCUAAAGAAAACUGUGCUUCAUGACUUUCACAUAGAGAAUGGGGGAAAGAUGGUUCCGUUUGCUGGUUGGAGCAUGCCCAUUCAAUACAAGGAUUCAAUUAUGGAUUCCACUAUCAAUUGUAGAGAGAAUGGGGCCCUCUUCGAUGUGUCUCAUAUGUGUGGCCUUAGUCUCAAAGGGAAGGAUUGUAUCCCCUUUCUUGAAAAGCUUGUAAUAGCAGAUGUUGCGGGCCUUCCUGAUGGAACUGGGACUCUCACUGUGUUCACCAAUGAGAGAGGGGGUGCCAUUGAUGAUUCUGUGAUUGCAAAGGUGAAGAAUGACCAUAUAUACUUGGUUGUGAAUGCGGGUUGUAGGGACAAGGAUUUAGCCCAUAUCGAGUCUCACAUGAAGGUUUUCAAAUCAAAAGGCGGGGAUGUCGAUUGGCAUAUUCAUGAUGAGAGAUCACUUCUGGCUCUGCAGGGUCCACUUGCAGCUCCUGUUCUUCAGAUGUUUGUCAAGGAUGAUCUGAGCAAAAUGUACUUCGGUGACUUCCGAAUGUUGGAUAUCAAAGGGGUACCCUGCUAUCUCACUAGAACUGGGUACACUGGUGAAGAUGGGUUUGAGAUCUCAGUCCCCUCAGAGCAUGCAGUUGACCUUGCAAAGGCCAUCCUAGAGGGUUCCGGGGGCAAGGUUCGGCUCACAGGGCUAGGUGCACGAGAUAGCCUUCGGCUUGAGGCCGGGCUCUGCCUCUACGGCAAUGACAUGGAGCAGCACACCACCCCCGUUGACGCUGGCCUCAACUGGGCCAUUGGGAAGCGUCGUCGAGCUGAGGGGGGUUUCUUGGGGGCUGAAGUCAUCCUCAAGCAGCUGGCAGAGGGCCCACCUGUUCGGAGAGUGGGGUUCUUUUCAACUGGGCCACCAGCUAGGAGCCAUAGUGAAAUUUUGGAGAAGGAAGGUGGUGGGGCGCUUGGUGAAGUGACGAGUGGUGGCUUUAGCCCUUGCUUGAAGAAGAACAUAGCCAUGGGUUACGUGAAAUCAGGGAGCCAUAAGGCGGGGACUGAAGUGAAGAUUGUGGUUCGAGGGAAGCCAUAUGAUGGUGUUGUUACAAAGAUGCCAUUUGUGCCGACCAAGUACUACAAGCCAUCAUAGUUGAUUGAACCAGGCUUCCCUAACUUCCCCCCUCUUCAUCUUCUUUCUGAUUGGCAACACUUUGUCUUCUAUGUUUGCUACUUUCAUCUUGUUUCUUAGACAUUGUGAUGGAAGUGAAAAUUUAUGUGGCAAGGUCUGGUGCAUAUUUGCAUUUUUUAUGACAAUAAUACCAUAAUUUUGCUAAUUUAUCUUGAACAGUCAGAAGGAUGAAUUUUACUGAAUUGAAAAAAGUAA